GGCGGGAGAACGCUCGGAGAGGCGCGGCCGCGAGCACGGGGCUCGCGGCAAGCGGAACGGAGAGCGGAGUGCGGCCACCUCCGGGUCGCCGUCAUGGCCGCGUAGGCUGAGCGCGGGGCAGCUCGCCUGAGUCCAGCUACCACGGGUGGGUUGUUCCUGCCGGAUUCGCACACUGUGUCAUUGGCUUUUACGGCCAUUCAGGACGCGGAGCUAUUGUGAUGAAAAUCUCCUUCCUGCCCUGCACCUCUCCUGUGCCUCACGGCUCUCUCUGCUUGGUUGCAGUGCCGCCUCUACCCUUUCCCGGAGUCCAGCUGUAGCGGGCCCCUCCCUUCUUUCUGCCCGUGCUUUAGAUGGCACAGCAUUUGCUCAGCACAUCUGAAAAAGAAGGUGUGAGAAGCAAAGGCCAUGGCUCCAUUCCGCUGUCAGUCAUGUGGCAAGUCCUUCCUCACCCUGGAGAAGUUCACCGUCCACAGUUAUUCGCACACCAGGGAGCGACCAUUCAAGUGCACACAGGCUGAGUGUGGCAAAGCCUUCGUCUCUAAAUAUAAAUUAAUGAGACACAUGGCCACACACUCACCCCAGAAGCUCCACCAGUGCACCCACUGCGAGAAGACCUUCAACCGGAAGGACCACCUGAAGAAUCAUCUCCAGACCCACGACCCCAACAAGAUCGCCUACGUCUGUGAGGAUUGUGGCAAGAAGUACCACACCAUGCUGGGCUACAAGAGGCACCUGGCCCUGCAUUCCGCCAGCAGCGGAGAUCUCACCUGUGGCGUCUGCGCUCUCGAGCUGGGGAGCACCGAGGUCCUGCUGGUCCACCUCAAGUCUCACGCGGAAGAGAAAGCCCACCAUGCGACCCGGGAGAAGAAGCACCAGUGCGACCAUUGUGAGAGAUGCUUCUACACCCGCAAGGAUGUGCGUCGCCACCUGGUGGUCCACACAGGAUGCAAGGACUUCCUGUGUCAGUUUUGCGCCCAGCGCUUUGGGCGCAAAGAUCACCUCACUCGUCACACCAAGAAAACACACUCACAGGAGCUGAUGCAAGAGAGUAUGCAGGCAGGAGAGUACAUGAGCACCCUUAAUACCAUUGCGCCGUCCUUCCAGCUGAAGGCUCCUGCCAUGCCUCCUUUCCAGUUAGGAGUGCCCCCCCAGAACGGGCUUGCAGGUGGCUUGCCACCCGAGAUUCAUGGCCUAGUGCUUGCUCCCCCAGAACAGGUCACCCAGCCUCUGCAGCCAAUGCCAGAGCAGCUUAUUACUCUGCACCCUGGGGUAGUUCCCGCCUCUCCUCCUCACACCCUUCAGGAGCCUAAGUACAGUCCUCCUUCUACCUCAUUUGCCCCACUUGGAGGCCUGCCGCUUAAAGCAGAGGCCAAAAGCUUUGGCAACAUGGGUUACUUUGAGGAAUUGCCUAUGCAAGAGCCUCAGUCGCCACUCAAACUCAGCCCAUGUUUUGAGAUGGCUAAGGAGGGCAUUGGGAAAGUCACCCUGCCCAAAGAGCUGCUAGUUGAUGCUGUGAACAUAGCGAUUCCUGCCUCUCUGGAGAUUUCCUCCCUGUUGGGGUUUUGGCAGAUCCCCCCACCUCCCCCCCAGAAUGGUUUUGUGAAUAACACCAUCCCUGUCGGGCCGGGGGAACCACUGCCCCAUACAAUCACUUGUCUGGCGCAGCAGCAGUCACCAUCGCUGCCGCCUCCACCACCGCCGCUGCCACCGCAGCCGCAGAUACAGCUGCAGCCACAACUGCAGCCACAGCUGCAGCCACUGCAGCUGCAGCCGCAGCUGCAGCCGCAGCCAAUGCAGCUGCAGCCGCAGCCAAUGCAGCUGCAACCGCAGCCAAUGCAGCUGCAGCCACAGCCAAUGCAGCUGCAGCCACAGCCACUGCCACAGGCACUGCCACAACCACUGCAGCUGCAGCCGCAGCCACAGCCGCAGCCACUGCCACAGCCUCCACCACUGCCGCAGCCCCAGCCACUGCCGCAGCCACCGCAGCUGCAGCUGCAGCCGCAGCCACAGCCACUGCCGCAGCCUCAGCCGCUGCCGCAACCAAUGCCACAGCCGCUGCCACAGCCGCAGCCACAAGAAGCCCAAAUAGCCGUGGCCACUGUGAGUCUGGGCCAGCUCCCUUUACCCCCAAUCCCCCACGUUUUCACAACUGGCACUAACACUGCUAUACUGCCCCAUUUUCAUCACGCUUUCAGAUAAAUUGAUUUUUAAGAAGGCGUGAUUCUUGAGGAAGGCGUUUACAGGUUGGAACAUCAAACAGUUUGAGGGGAAGCUUGAACACCAGGAUUGGGGCUUUAGCUUAUUCGCGAUUACUAGCUUGAGAAAAGGAAUCCUCUUCACUGCAUGCAUUGUGCCAAUAUAUAAUAUCCUUAGUAUUCAUGCUUUGCACCAAAUUUAGUGAGCGUGUGCAUAUCCUGUAGUUGAAGUGCAAGUAGUAUCGUAUUAUUAUCAUAUUAUUAUCCUCAUAUUAUAUUCUCAUAUUAUCCUAUAAUCACAACCAAGAUCCAAAACGACAGCUGCUAUUUUGUAAAAUAAAAGUGUGUUGAAUUUAAUUGUAUGCCUUUGUUGUAAUGAUGUUAACUAAGUACCUUUGUGUGUAGUACCGCCUAGGAGGGACUUGAUGGAAAGGUGCGGAUUUCUCCGCCUUGGAAGAUGUUUUUAAGAGAAGAGGGUAAUCUUUGUAUGGCGUUUAGAACUAGGCUGUGUAUGUCUUUUCAGGGACUCUUCCACCUUCGGGGUUAGAUGUAGUUUAGUUCUUCUUCUCGUAGCCUACUUUGUAGUUUGUAGGAAAAGUUCCUUGUGAAGUUACCGAUUUCUUGAUCUUUAAAGUGAAUUUUUAGUGUAGUUUUCAAUAUUUUUCAUGUGAUGUUACAAUGUGAGUUAUGACUUUGUUUAUCUUAAAAGACAAAACUGAUUGUCAGUUGUAUCUGACAGGACAAAAAAAUCAUUGUGUAGCCUAGUUAAGUGACAUACUCCUUGUGGCAUCAGUCAGAAACGUUUCGCUGACUGAAUGCCCAUUGUUUCUUCAUAGGAAUUUAAGAAAAUAGACUGGAAUUAGAAAAAUAAGUGUAUUAGAUAAGAAUCUCCUUUGACUAGCUUAAAAUACUAGCAGUACUCAAGCUGCUGACCUUUUGAAGUAUUGUUUGUAGUUGCCAAUAGAAAAAAUGUAUCUGUAGUUGACUAGUUUGUCAUUAGUCUGUAUCCCAAGAGGAUUGCGUCUUGCAAUGUAACUGUACUUGUAAUCUUUCUCCCUUGAUAUCUUGUUAAUCGAUUUUGAAAGUGUAAAACCCGUUUUGCAAU